ACCUGGUUGCACGUAGUCUGAUGUCUGUCUGAUUCGUAUAUUAUAAUUAUACGUUUUGUUACAAGUGCCUUUAAUUCUGGGAAAAAGUUAGAAUUGCUGUUGCUGUUACCAUGGCAAAUCACGAUCCUGAGAUACCGACAUAUUUUACAGAAGAUGAUUGGUUGGAAUUUUCGGGAUCACGAGGUGGCUCUGUCAAGUUUCAUAAGCCAACGGGCUAUUUUUAUUAUUGGCAAGCAGGUACCAAGGGAAAAGAGCGAGUCAAAUGUGCAUGCAAGCAAUUUAUGAUUAAGCAUCACGAUUCGGAAUGUGUUCAUAAUGAAACUGAGUGUGAGAUGUCAGAAAAGUGUUGGGUGUCUAACUGGUUUGUGCUUGGAACUCCCGACAAAUGGCAUAACCAUCCUCCACCAAGUCGAGUGUCUGUCGAGUUGAAGCUCUUUGAAUGGCAACUAAACUUGACGUUCGUCAAGAACAGAAAUGCAGCGAGAAUCAAUCACGUGUUAGACGAAAUGUACUUGACCUGGCCCUUCGCUCUGCUAUUCUCCAAAUCACAGUUGAAACUUUUGUUUAUCACUGAGCCACCAGAAGGAAGAACAUUUCUCGAUCAAGAUAAAAUUGACUCGAUGAUGGCAAUCUUAAUGGUGUGGAGUGAAUAUUGGGGAAAUCCUCUAGAAUUAGAUAACCGUGAAAUGAAAUCUGAGCAAUGUUGUGGACUGCUCAAGAAGAAGAGGAUAAAACGAAGAUCACCUAGUACAGAAUCUUCCAAUAGCAGCACAGACUACGAUGCUAGCAGAUCGCAUAAGAAAAUAAAGGUGCCAGAGGUUGAGAAAGAUGAGGAUGACUAUGAUACCGAACCAUUACCGGAAACUGAUCCAGAACGGAACAUCGAACCUGAGCCUAUCGCUUGCGGAUCACGUGAUCGUACCCCGUCACCUAAAAGAGUCGCUAGAGUUUUUGUUGAACCGAAAGAUUCAUCCAAAACUCCCAUAAAGGAUGUACGGAAAGACUUUGCAGCCUUGCCGAAAUCAGAGACACCACUUCCCAAAGCGAUUCCACUAAAACAUGGAAAGCCUUGGGGACCUAUUUCACUUCGUUAUCCGAUUGAAGAAGUGCUUGUUAAGGAAGAAGUCGUCUGUGAGCCCAUCGCCAAAGUACUUCGUUUUGCCGAAAAUCUAGUGAAACAGUCACAGAAGAUCGGCAACCAGAAUGGCGUUGAUAUUUUCGCCGUUCCACUGCACAAAUCGAUUGGAUCACGUUCGGCAAUUCAACGAUUCAUUUUCGGCAAUUCUCUCCAUCCCCCGAAGGAGCGCAAAACAGUUCUGGUUUUGGGAGCCACGGGUUUGGGUCAAACCAAACUCAUCAACGGCAUAAUCAACCACAUGUUCAACGUCGUAACAGAAGACAAUUUUCGUUUCCAAAUGAUCGAGGAGAAAGAGGACGACCAGCCCAAUCACAUAUCUGUCUACGACAUUCAUCAUGCCGAAGGAUUCCGCACCCCGUACUCCAUAACUAUCGUCCAAACGCCAAGCUAUAAUGCUGAAAACACGACACUGUUCAGGAACGGAAAGUUGAUUCAAACUUUCCGCGAAUUCUUCGAAGACUCGGACGGGAUUAGUAAACUGGACUUGGUGUGCAACGUAGUCCUGAAGGACGGAGUUCGUGAUUCUUUUUUAUCUAUUUUCGGAUACGACGUUGAAGAAAACAUCAACUGCUUUUGGCUGAGGAACACAGAAGGGUUCCCUUUUGAUGAAGUGAUCCAGAGAUUCUUCUCCGUACUCACUUCAACCAAAACCAAGUCCCUGGAGGGUACCAAAGAAGUUUUACAGGUGAUGAAACGGUUAGAAGAGACAGUUAACUCUUUUAUUCCUCUCAAGAAGUCCUUAUCGGCCAAGAAUGAAGAGAUGCAGAAAGCCAAUCUGGUGUCUACUACCUGCCAAACGCAGAUUGAGGCCAAUAAAGAAACUGAGAUCAAGUUCAGUUUGGACACUGCAGAACAAAAUUACAGAAAGGAAGUUUUGUGGAAGAAACUCGAGUCUGACGCAAAAGAAUUAUUCAGUUUGCUCGAGACAGAAUUUGAUGGACUUGCAAGGACGAUGCUGGAACUUUUUGAAAUUGCCUGGAGUUCCAUUCGGCAGCUGAAAAGGAUUUCGCGUGGAAACCCGUAUUUAACUCAAGAGCUGUACGAUCUACUUUUUGACGUCGAAGAAGAGUUAAAGCGCCAUGGAUACCAGGAUAACAUCGAAGAAUUAAAAAAAUCGAGCAAUUAAAAGUCAAGUUUUGUUUAGUAGUCUAUGUGUGCCGCGAAUUUCAAUCAUGACUGUUGUUUUUCUUUUCGCAAUUUUUCUUAUUUCUUAAUUGAGUUCUGAUUGUUGUGUAAGGAGUAACGACAAGAGCUCUAAAUCUCUAAGAAGCGAAUUUCGCCAUGAACAAAGUUUAUUUCCCAUUUUCUACGAUAACAUUUUUUGUUUUACCAAUUUUGUUUCAUAUCUUUGUUUUCACCCUUUAGUUAAAUACAGAUGGCUUCUUU